AUGAUCUUAACUGUAAAACAACGACGAGCAACAUCAGCGAACAAUCAAUUUUUUAUCAUAUCUGAAACACUUGAACAAGCACUCGAUGAUCUUCUAUUAGCUUUUGGUUAUUCACCUUUAUCAAAUGUAAAUCAUGAAUUAUUAACAUUAGAAAAUCAUAUUUUACUUGAAAAUAUAAAAAAGGUGCAAAUAAAUGGAAUACUUAUUAACUGUCAUUGUGUUAAAGCUGUAGCUAAUGCUUCAAAAUUCUUUACUGAUCUCUCUGAAUUAUCAUUUGAUGAACAGAAAAUUAUUAUUAAUCAAGAAAAUUUUGUUUCAAAAGUAAAAGAUAUUUAUGAAAAGAAUAAUGAUUCGACGUUAAAAUUAGCUAUUGAAAUGAUUAUGAAAAAUGAUAUUAAUGAUAAUAGUAUCUUUAAUUGGGAAGUUUGUCAUGCAUACGCUCAAAAUUGGGCUUUAUCUACAAUUCAUUUACCUUUAUUAUCAAAAAUAUACAAUGUUACAAUUCAUUCAUGUACUAUAAUACAACAUUCAACAGAGGGACGUAUAUUUAUGACAAAGGAAAAGAUACCUAUUGAAUAUGAUACUCAACGUGUAUUUGUAGUAUUAAAUAAUGAUCAACAACAACACAUAAUUGGAUUAUUUACUUCAUGUGAAUUACGAUUAAAUUAUCUUUACAAUCAAUUAAAUUUAUCAGAUAGUAACGAAGUUAAAAUCGAUAUAUAUCAUCAGAUAGCUUUGAAUCAUCGUUUAAAAGCUGAACAUAAUGAAAAAAUUCAUCAUUUAAAAGCAUUACGAAGUUGGCAUUCGGCAAUGGAAAAUUAUUCUGAAAUAUUAGCUUUAAGUAAUACUAAUGAUUUACAAGCAGCAUUAGGAUAUGGACGAUGUUUAAUUAUGCUUAGUAAAUUUAUACGUGCAAUUAAAUUUUUAUCUGAAACAAUUGAAACACAUCAAAAAUCAAUAACAGCUGAAGGAUGGUAUUUAUUAGGUGUAGCAAAACGAAAACGUUAUCUUUACAAAGAAGCAAAAUAUGCUAUAAAAGUAGCAUUACGACUUGAUCAAAAUUAUGCUGAUGCUAAAAGUGAACUUCAAAUAAUUGAUUGUUUACAAGAUCAAACAAUGGAAAAACAUUUAAAAAUUUAUAAGAAUAUGACAACUACAUAUUCUAAACAAUGUCGUACUGAUUCAUAUAAUAUUUUGUCGAUUGAUGGUGGUGGUGUUCGAGGUAUAAUGCCAGCUGUAUUAAUAUCAGAAAUUGAACGUAGAACAAAUCGAUCUGCUGCAUCUUUAUUUCAUUCAAUGGCAGGUACAUCAACAGGAGCUAUUAUUGCUGCUGGCUUAUCAACUCCUGAGUUUAGCAUAGAUGAACCUGUAAAACCUCGUUAUAAAUCUUCUGAUAUUGUUCAACUAUAUCAUGAACAUUCAUCAGAAGUUUUCAAACAAUCACCGAGUCUAAUUUACAAUUUCAGACGACCAAUUACACAAGAAUCAAAAUAUAUUGAUGAAGGCCGAUACGAAUUAUUUAGACGUUAUUUUUGUGAUACAAAAAUAUCAAAUGCAUUGACUGAUCUCAUCAUACCGGCUGUUCGACAUGAUUCAAAAUCAACACAUAUAUUUAAUACAUACACUAGUUUAUGUGAUAAAAAGGAAGAUUACAAACUAUAUGAUAUACUUAUGUGUACAACAGCUGCUCCAACAUAUUUUCAACCAUAUAAACUUGGUUCUAAAUCAUAUGUUGAUGGUGGUGUUCAGAUGAAUAAUCCAGCUAUGGCUGCAUAUACACAAGCGAAAAGUGGCAAUACAUCACAAGAAAAUAUUUUUAUUUUAUCACUUGGGACUGGUGAUUAUAUACCUGAUCCAAUUAAACCAGAUGCUUAUCGCCAUUUGUUAUUUUAUGUUAAAAAUAGUCGAGAAGUUUUAAAUAUAGUGUUUGAUGGACCACAAUCAAAUACAGAUUUGCAUUUAUUGCAUAUAAUGGAAAAAGAUAAAUAUUGUCGCUGGCAAAUGUGGCUUGAAGAACCAAUAGAAUUAGAUGACUGCCAGGAAACAACAAUUAAUUGUCUAUAUGAUCAUGCACGAGCAUUUUUUGAAGAAAUCGAUGCAUAUGAUAAUGGUAAACGUCUUGGUUUAGUUCUCGAUCGAUUGAAAGGUGAUGAACAUUAA